CGUCAUAUUUAAAAUUUAAUCCAAAUCGGUUUAAUAUACGAACUAACCGAUUUUAACCAAAGGACAAAAAAAAGAGAGAGAGAGAAUGAAAUCCCUACAAAAAAUUCCCUUUCUUUAACCUGGCAUUAUCGCGAUUGCCCAGAGAGAAAACCCUAAAAAAUUUGACCCCCUUCUCCAAGUCCAUUCAACCGGCGACGAACCCUCACACCGGUGAUUCCACUGGCGACGAACCCCCCUUUCCCUAGUUUCUCCUCUUCUUUCGCUGUUCUUCUUGUGUCGGUGGUCAUCUCCUUGGUGUGCUCUGAGGCUGCAAUGGCUUCGACGCGAGAAAUUGUGAAUUGUUCAUCUUGGGAUGGUAGGCUCACACCUGAUACCUUCGCCAUAGCCGCUCGAGCUUUUGCUGAUAAUUGGAGAAGACAUAACCAAUCAUACCCUCCAUGGUCUUGGGUUCCUCUCAAGAUUCGAAAUUUAAUGGGUCCUAAGAAGGAGGAAGGUUACUUGUCGCUUGAGAAGAUCUGUGUCUUCAGGUCACUUGAGAGUGGUGACGAGGAGGAUAAUUCUCUAAAUGCAGCCGCUGAUUCCUUGGAGAAAGAUGAGUUAAUUGAUCACGCAAUACUGGUCCAAAACCAACAAAAUGAAGCACAUUACUAUGAUUUCCAUAUAGUUUAUAGUGCAUCAUAUGGGGUUCCUGUCCUUUACUUUCGUGGAUAUUGCAGUGAUGGGCAACCUGUCUCUUUGGAUGCUAUUGAAAAAGAUCUGCCUACAUGCUCUACCAGUCUCUUGGUGGAAUCUAAGUGGACAUUCAUAACUCAAGAGGAGCAUCCGUACUUGAACAGGCCAUGGUUUAAGUUGCACCCUUGUGGGACUGGUGAAUGGACCAAGCUGCUUUUCCAAAGUGGCAGUUCGAAUUCGAAUGAACACAGGAGGCCAGUUGAAUUGUACUUGGUGUCAUGGUUCUCUGUUGUCGGCCGGGUGGUUGGUCUUAAGGUUCCUCUCAAAAUGAUGAAUGACCUAUCCUGUGGAACCUAACCAGAGGAUGUUACCAAUAUGGUCUUCCUCAAACAGUUGAAGCAUUUGUUUAGAGGGUUUUCAGUGUUACAGCCGAAAAAAAGUCCUUGCAGUUUCUGAGAUUUUUCCUCAUUCUUCUAAGAUGGAUAACUAGUAGAGUUGCUAGGAUCGCUUCUGUCACUAUUUAACUCUUCUAUGCAGUAUAUGAAUGUGGUCGCCUAACAUUGUAACUUGAUAUUCAUCCUGCAUCCAUUUAUCAUAAGUGGUCCAAUUCAGGAACACAUUUUAUCUC